AUGCAUGUCAUUGCUCCAAUACAUCGCAUACCAGUUGAAGCACUUGCCCACAUAUUCUGCUGCGUCUUACAACCAGGAGGACAGAAACCUUCUCCGCAUCGCGAGCGCACGCCACCUGCUCUUCUCCUGCGCUCAAUCUGUCGACGCUGGCGCGCAGUGGCCGAGGAUACAUCCAGUCUAUGGCCCGAUAUUGUGGGGCGCCAUGGCUUCGAAUGGACACGUCGUGCACUAUCGUGGUCGAAGGAAUGCUCUCUUAACAUCCACCUAUGCGACAUCAGCUAUGGCCAAUACCGGGAUAAACGCAUGACGGAUUGGGACGCGUCAGUAGCCCUGGUCAUCGCGGAGAUACACCGAGCGCGGAGUAUUGCCAUCGAAUGCGAGCCCGUAUACACGCCUUUAGUUCGACAAGCGCUUCGGUCAGCUUUGCGCAGAUUGGAGACACUUGACGUCCGCUACAUCGACGCGUUAGACGCGAGUUCACUCGCAGGGGAAGUGCCGACCCGACUGAAGGACCUUGCGUUGGCAGGCAUCACCGCCCCUCUUGGCUGCCCAGCGCUCAUGGCACCUUUGACCUCGUUGCACGUGUGCGAAUGCAUUAUUUGGGCUUCUAUGGACGAAUUACUGUGCACGCUAUCCAAUUUGCCCAAUCUGGAGAACUUCGAGUGGACGCAGUUUAUCCCGACACAAGCAUACACGUUUCUUAUCCCUCCGCUCCAUGCGUCGACUGAGUCCAGGCCUAAACUCAUACUUCUGGCACGUCUUCGGACUAUAUACGUUCGCACAUGCGUGGAGUGCAUAACGUACCUCCUCACCCAUAUCGCAUCCCCCAACUCGUGCAAUGUGACGGUAGAUGCAUACAUCGAGACAAGCGGAUCUGAAGACAUGGAUCAGCUCCUCCCCGCCCUCGAUUCGGCCUUCGGGAAAUCCCUACGAGCUGCAUUCCCCAUCAGCGACGAACGUGAGGGUUACCAGUCAUUGACCAUUGAUGGUUUUGAGGGCUAUAUGUCCGAAGGUAUGACCUUCAUCUGGACGAAGCCAACAGCUAUAACGGCUCCUACGUGUUUUCAUCUUGGCUUCCUACCCGCACAUGAUAGUGACGGUCAGGCAUCCCCAAUUCUACUGGUUAUCGCCGAGCACAUACUCGACCACUGGACAGUUACUCAUCGUGCCCUGUCUCAUCUUCGCUUGGUGCACCCAACCUUCUAUGAUAUCAUUGAUCCCGAGAGCCCAGAGCCGCAGGGCCGGCCCUGGUCGCGGAUUCUACGCCUGCUCCAGUCACUCGAACACCUAGAAGCACACCAUAACGUCUGCGGCCUCGGCGAUGCUCUUACACUCGGAAGCAGUGGCAUUACAAACCCCCAUCUCCAACGCAUAGACAUUCAAGAAGCGUCCCUUUCUGAAGGAGAGUUCUUCGACCUCAUCAACUCCAUCCGAAUGAGUAACAGCUACUUUUACCAACACGGAAGUGUUCGGCGGUCCCGCAUACUUCGACUUCUGGAUUGCGAUGUAGAGGAUACGCCUAUCGAAUUGACCGUAGGUCAGCCUGGGAAGGCCAUUGCGUAG